AUGCCCCCCCGCGGCCGGAAACGCCGCGGCAAGGAGCUCGUCGCCGCCGUCGCGACGGACGCGCCCGGCGACGCGGCCGUAUCGCCCGAGUACGUCGAGGCCGUCGUCGCGGAGCUCGAGCACGAGUCGGAGCGGCGCGUGAAGAAGCUCAAGCGCCAGAUGGGCGACAUGCGCCAGGAGUUCCUGAACCACUUCCAGGUCGAGCUGCUGAAGAUCCCGCGGAAGAUCCGCGAGAUGAAGGUCGAGCACUUCUCGAGCGAGUACGGCGGGAGCAUGGAGGAGGCGCUCAAGAAGGCCGCGCAGUGGGAGGUCGAGAAGGUCGCGCCGACGCCGCGGCCCCGCGGCGCCGUCGCCGCGACGCCGCGCGGCGGCCACUCGGCGCUCGCGCGCGUCGCCGCGACGCCGGCGCACCUGCGCGCGCCGCGCGCGGGCGAGACGAUCAUGUCCGUCAACGGCUCGCCGCUCGCCGCCGUGCCCAUGUCGACGGCCAAGCUCGCGGCGACGAUCAAGGUCAAGGGCCCCAAGUCCAAGCUGCCCGGCGCCGGCGCGGACCGGCCGGCGCUGCUCGUCGAGCUGCCCUCGGCGGACGGCUGCGUCGCGCUCAACGACAGCGAGACGCUCGCGUCGCUCCGGAGCGACCCGACGAUGACGGCCGACGCCAUGGCGCACCUCACCGCGCUCCAGGGCGAGAUAUCCAAGGUCAUGAAGACGCUCCAGACCGCCAAGUAG